AAGCUGGUGGAGGUGCUGUGUCAUUGUUUUCUCUCUUAAAUCUUUUAAUAUUAAUGCUUGUCUGCAAAGAAAAUAUACAGAUUAUAUAUAGAUAUGUACAUAUUCUACACUGGUCAUUGCAGAAACAGUAAGCAAGGUGAGUUUAAUUAAGGGUAAGAAUCAAGCAUAGAGGAAGAGAAAGAAAGAGACAGACCCAAUGCAAAACCAGGAAACUUGGUUUGGGAUUUGAGGCAAAAAAAAAUUUUGCCAAUGCCGAUGCCGAGGCAAUGCUUCAACCCCCAUCCAAUGCCCAGCGAAUUUCUCACCGUCCACCUUUUCUGCUAUGGCCUUCUCUUCCUCUUCACACCAUUUUUCUCAUGUCUUCCUUCUUCUUCUGCAAACAGUGAAGUGCUCACACUGCUUUCUUGGAUUCACAGCUCGGACUCUUCUUCACUGCCUUCUGGUUUCUCCACUUGGAACCCUUCAGAUCUUAAUCCUUGUCAAUGGUCUUACAUCAAUUGUUCCUCUGACAACUAUGUAACCCAGAUCAAUAUCCAGUUCAUUGAGUUAGCUCUUGCUUUCCCUUCCAAUCUUUCCUCGUUUCGCUUCCUUCAAAAGCUCAUAAUUUCUGGUGCAAAUCUCACUGGACCAAUCCCACCUGAUAUCGGUGACUGCAUUGAGCUUACAUACAUCGAUGUAAGCUCAAACAGUCUUGUUGGUAGCAUCCCUUCUAGUAUCGGUAAGCUUAAGAAUCUCCAGGACUUGGUUUUGAACUCUAAUAAGCUGACAGGGGAGAUUCCACCAGAGCUUGGUGAUUGCAUUAAUCUCAAGAAUCUCAUCAUAUACGAUAACUUCUUAAGUGGGAGUCUUCCUGUCGAGCUAGGAAAACUAUCAAAUCUUGAAGUCAUACGAGCUGGGGGGAACAAGGACAUUGCAGGGAAAAUACCAGAAGAGAUUGGAGGUUGCCAGAACUUGAAGGUGCUUGGUCUUGCUGACACCAAAGUCUCUGGUUCAAUCCCUGUUUCAUUGGGCAAACUAAGUAAACUUCAAACUUUGUCUGUGUAUACCACCAUGCUUUCUGGUCAGAUUCCACCACAUAUUGGCAACUGCUCAGAGCUUGUUUUCUUGUUUCUAUACGAGAAUGAUCUAUCUGGUUCACUGCCAAGAGAGUUGGGUAAGCUUCAAAAGUUGGAGAAAAUGCUACUAUGGCAAAAUAACUUGGAUGGUAGCAUCCCUGAAGAAAUAGGGAACUGCAAGAGCUUGAAGACAAUUGAUCUUUCACUGAAUUACUUCUCUGGAAGCAUACCUCAGUCUUUUGGAAACUUGUCCAAACUUGAAGAGCUUAUGCUUAGUAACAAUAACCUUUCUGGUUCUAUCCCGGCAGUUCUUGGCGAUGCCACAAGCCUAAUGCAGCUGCAGCUUGACACCAAUCAGAUAGCAGGCUCCAUUCCGGAGGAGAUUGGCUUGUUGACUGAGCUAACAGUCUUCUUUGCCUGGCAGAAUAGACUUGAAGGAAGCAUCCCCUCUUCAUUCGCAGGUUGCAAGAGCCUAGAAGCUCUUGAUUUAUCUCACAAUGCACUGACUGGCAACCUGCCUCCUGGCCUGUUUCAACUUCAAAAUUUGACAAAGCUUCUCUUAAUUUCUAACGAUAUUUCUGGUGCAAUCCCUCCUGAGAUUGGCAACUGUACUUCCCUUGUUAGAUUAAGGCUUGUUGAUAACAGAAUCAGCAGAGAAAUCCCCAAGGAAAUUGGAUUCCUCAGCAACCUCAAUUUCCUUGAUCUCUCUGGAAAUCAUCUUAGUGGGUCAGUCCCAGAUGAGAUAGGCAGUUGCACCCAAUUGGAGAUGUUGAGCCUCAGCAACAACACCCUUGAAGGUACUUUACCUACCUCCUUCUCUUUUCUAACUCGACUUCAGGUAUUAGAUGUUUCUGUAAAUCAAUUUGAGGGUCAGAUUCCAGAAACUUUUGGUCAAUUAACUUCAUUAAAUAGACUUAUCCUUAGUGAAAACUCCCUCUCUGGACCAAUACCUUCCUCUCUUGGUCAUUGUUCAAGCCUUCAAUUGCUUGAUCUUAGCAGCAACAAACUCUCUGGAACAAUCCCACAACAACUCUUUGAAAUUGCAGCUCUAGAUAUUUCUCUAAAUUUGAGUUGGAAUGCGCUCACUGGGGUUAUCCCACCUCAGAUUUCUACACUAGACAAGCUAUCCAUACUAGACCUUUCACAUAAUAAUCUUGAAGGUGAUUUACUUUCCCUUUCCGGGCUAGAGGACCUUGUGUCUCUCAACAUUUCAUACAACAAUUUCUCCGGCUCUCUCCCGGACAACAAAUUGUUCCGACAAUUGUCAGCAACAGAACUGGCUGGAAAUCGAAGAUUAUGCUCCAAUGGUCUAAAGUCCUGUUUCAUCAGCAAUUCCACGGUAAUGGCUAGACAAAAUAGUCAUGAUUUUAGACAAUCUAAGAAAUUUAAAGUAGCAAUUGCAAUGCUUGUUUCCUUGACAGCAUUGAUGGCAAUCUUAGGGAGCAUUGCAAUUUUUAGAGCAAAAAAAAUGGUUGGAGAUGAUAACGAUUCCGAGAUGGGAGGAGAUUCAUGGCCUUGGCAAUUCACUCCAUUCCAAAAGCUGAAUUUCACAGUAGAGCAAGUCCUGAAAUGUCUGGUAGAAAAAAAUGUAGUAGGAAAAGGUUGUUCCGGGAUUGUUUAUCGUGCAGAACUGGAAACUGGUGAAGUAAUUGCUGUAAAGAAGCUUUGGCCAACAACAAUGGGAGGUGGAAAUGAGAGUGAGAAAAGUGGAUAUGGUGGAGUUCGUGAUUCAUUUUCUGCAGAAGUGAAAACACUUGGGUCUAUUCGGCACAAGAACAUUGUUAGAUUUCUGGGUUGCUGUUGGAACAGGAGAACAAGACUGCUUAUGUAUGAUUAUAUGGAAAAUGGAAGCUUAGGGAGUCUCCUCCAUGAAAGGAGUAGUAGUAGUAGGAGUUGGCUGGAAUGGGAGGUGAGGUACAAAAUAAUUGUAGGGGCAGCUCAAGGUCUGGCUUACUUGCACCAUGACUGUGUUCCUCCCAUUGUUCACAGAGACAUUAAAGCAAACAACAUACUCAUUGGUCCUAACUUUGAAGCUUAUAUUGCUGAUUUUGGACUUGCCAAGUUGGUGGAUGAUGGAGAUUUUGCAAGAUCCUCCAACACUGUCGCAGGUUCCUAUGGCUACAUUGCUCCUGAGUAUGGAUACAUGUUGAAGAUAACAGAGAAGAGUGAUGUGUACAGCUAUGGAGUUGUGGUGCUGGAAGUUUUAACAGGGAAGCAGCCAAUUGAUCCGACAAUACCAGAAGGAGUUCAUAUAGUGGACUGGGUAAGAAAGAAUCGAGGGAUUGAAGUGCUGGAUGGGCGUUGUAAUCUGCAGGAGAACGAAAAGGAGGAGAUGAUGCAGACUUUAGGUGUGGCUUCGUUGUGUGUAAAUGCUUGCCCGGAUGAUAGGCCUAGCAUGAAAGAUGUAGCAGCAAUGCUCAAGGAAAUUAGGGCAGACAAAGACAGAGACAGUGACGACUGCAUUAAAUAA